AUGGAGGGCUGGCUCACCAAGCGCCGCGACCACAUGAACCUCAUCUGGCGGGACCGGUACUUCCUCUUGGACGGCAACCAGCUGCGCUAUUUCCGUAAACGGGGCGACUCGGCCCCUCGCGGGACGUACAUCUUGACGGACAACUGCGUCGUGAGUCCCGUGUACAACUCGGAGGAGAAGCACAAGCACCACGAGCCCGUGUGGAUGUUCCGCAUCACGUUCUGUGCGGUCGGAGACGCCACUCUGACCAGCAGUAGCGGCAUGGAAAAGUCGUACAAGAAGGACCGGUUCCUCGAUCUCGGAGCCAAGAGCGAAGAGCACGCAAAAGAGUGGAAACGCGCAAUCGAGAACGCCGUGCGGUCGCUCCAGGAGCUCGUGGCGCACCAGCGCAAGCUCAAGACAGACGCGGAGAUCUUUCCCACGCCCACGCACGUCCCGAGGAUGCUCAAGGCGGACGAAGACACUGUGUCGCUGUUCAACUUGGAUGCGGAUAACGUCAAAGCGGAGCAGGCGUGGUGGCUCGCACGGGUGGAAGGGGGACUGCGGAUCAUGCAGGAGUGUCCGCUGGGACCGAACGUUGCAGCGAACCUGUACGCGCAGCACGCAGCGACCACGAACGGGCUGAUUGCGAGUGCUCUGCUCGGCGCUGCACUGAGUUUCAGCAGCAUGUACUCGUUCGCUAACAAUAUGCUGCUGAGUUUCCUGACUGCGCUCGGAGCGAUUGCAGUCUGCUGUGUCGCAGUGACGCCAACGCAAGCGCCCGAGAUCCCGAGCUUUCGUGUCUCGCAAGUGGUGCAUGGCUCGCCCACUGAAGUCUUUCGACUCAUCAUGAACUCGAAGCGAUUCCAGCGAUGGGACGCGGCAACUGCGACGAUGCGUGUCGUGCAGCAGCUGGAUAACAACGCGGACAUUGUCUACGUGACGCAACGUCCGACACGGUUGUGGCCGUUGUGGCAGAAGGCUCGUGAUCUUGUGUUUAUGCGCUACUGGCGACGCGAAGAAGACGGCUCGUACUUUGUCAUGUACCAGAGCAUUGAUCACCCUGAGUGCCGCGUGCGUCACAAUUACGUGCGAGCAGAUAUAUUGGGUGGCGGCUUUGUGAUUGCGCCGCAACGCGUUCCGAGUGGAUCGAUUCGCACGCUGGUGUCGUACGUGCUCCGAUACGACCCUGGCGGCUGGUCACGCAUUUACCACCAGCUUGGCAUGGAUGUGGACUUGGUCAUGCCCAUGUUGCGCAGCGUUAUCGGCAUUCGUGAUGAAAUGAGCGCCACUGACUUUAUCACUCCCAACGUCUCGAUGGCGCCUGACGCCGAGGACGAGGAAUCGAGCGCGGAUCGCGACGACUCUCCCGUCACACAACGGACAAGCGUAGACUCUAUGGGUGUUGUCAUGGGUGUGCAAAAGCUGCAGACGAGUCUACCGGAGUCGAUGUGGGCCGAGCCCGACGCUUCGCUUUUCAGUGUGCGUGGACACAACUACUUGAAUGACAAGAAGAAGAUUCCAUCGGCGCCAGCAAUGUUCCACGUCGUGGGUGUGGACUUGCUGUCGUUCGAGAGUGCAGCUGAGAGAUAUGAUAUCUCGUCUCGUGUGGACAGCAUUGGCCGCACCAGCUCCAAGUUUACGUUUGUCGUGAACAUGAUCAUUCCAGGCCCAGAGAACACGUGCAUGGUGUUCUACUUCCACCCGGCGCGCGACAACGUGUUCGAGGACGGCUCACCGUUUUCCGAGCUAUUGAACGACUUCUUCGAUGGCGACGACCAGUUCCGGAACUCGCGCUUCAAGCUCAUUCCCACUGUCGUGGAGGGCAGCUUCAUCAUCAAGCAAUCGGUUGGGUCUAAGCCGACGCUGCUGGGCAACAAGCUCAAGUGUCUGUAUUACCGCGGCGAAAAUUACUUCGAGGUGGACAUCGAUAUUUCGUCCAAUUCGGUUGCCAACACCGUCGUCGGAAUGGUACAAGGUGUGACCAAGUCGUUGGUGGUGGACAUGGCUUUCCUGCUUGAGGCGCAAUCCGACGAAGAGCUACCUGAGAUCAUUCUUGGCGCUGUUCGCUUGCAGCACGUUAGCCUCGACAAUGCGCGCCGCAAGCCAAAGCUUUUGCCAUCGGGCAUAGAGUCGUAA